CAACCUCCUCCACAGACGUCACUGUCAGCAGACUUCUCGCCAGUCUUUCUCACACAAGCGAGCAGCCCAACGCUCGUCAGUUUAUCCACCCCCACGAGGAUGAUAGCGAGGACUCGGAUGACGACAGAGGCCCUGAACACGAAGAUCCUUCGCUCUCGUCAUUCGCGUUACCAUCCUCCUCCAACACCUCGAGUUUUCUUACUCCAUCCACUUCUGGCCUUCCCCCGGCUCAUCCCGCCACACCACAAACCCGUCCUUCUCUUCCGCCAUAUUCUUCAGAACCAACCAGAGAAUGCUCUCACAGUCCAAAUGACCGUCCUCGGAAACGCCGUCGAAGAAGACGGUCUUCUACUGGCUCGCCAGAGGGUCCUCAGGAACGUCCCGGAGAAUUCGAGAAAGAACUGAUGGGUGACCUCAGUUGCGAGAUUUGUUUCGCGUUGUUUUAUCAACCGGUUACGACUCCGUGUCAACAUACAUUUUGCGCCAAAUGUCUCCAGAGGUCUCUGGACCACAGCAGCCAGUGCCCACUGUGUCGACAAGACCUUUCAGGUUUUACCUAUUUUCAGGAUCACCCGUUCAACCAAACCGUCCUGAAAAUCGUUCUGGAGGCAUUUCCGGACGUGUAUGCAGAACGAGGUAGACUCUUAGACGAAGAGGCCCGGAUCGCGCGCCUCGAUACACCGAUAUUCGUCGGCCAACUCUCCUUUCCGGGCAUGUCCGUCAUCCUCCAUUUUUUUGAGCCACGGUAUCGAUUGAUGCUGCGACGGUGUUUGGCGUCUCCGACACCGUGCUUUGGCAUGAUCAUGCCUUCGCGGAGCACAUCACAAAGCACCAGCAACGACUAUGGGACCAUGCUCGAGAUUCGAAGCGUAAGGAUGUUGGCGGAUGGUCGUAGCUUGAUCGAGACAUGGGGCACGCAUCGAUUUCGCAUUAUGGAGCGAGGGACGUUGGACGGCUACAUGCUUGGAAGGGUCGAGCGGAUCGACGACUUUCCACGGGAUCUGGGCGAUUCCGAAGCCAGCCUGACAGCCGUCCUGAACGACGCCGAGUCAUCCUCGCUUGCCUCUAACCCAUCUUCCUUGAGAUCGGGCCCACAGCCUCCUCCCCCGCCAGAAAAUCUGCGGAUCGCUUCUGUCUUCCAGAGAGCGCGCCAGACGGUCCCGAACAACGAGGCGCUCAUGGAGUUUUGUCGGAAUUUCGUGGACCAGUUGCAGGCUGGCGCUGCGCCGUGGGUCGUCCAGAGAUUGAAUAAUACGUAUGGCCCGAUGCCUACGGAUCCGAGCAACUUUAGUUUUUGGAUGGCUUUGGUCUUGCCCAUCGACGAGAUCGAAAAGUCGAAAUUGCUGCCUAUUAAGUCGCCACGGCUUCGGUUGCGGUUAGUCGUGUAUUGGAUAGAGCAGCUCAAGAGCAACUGGUGGUUUACGAGCGGAUGUAUCAUCUGCUAGCAUCGGCUUCAACGUCACCGUCUUCCAGCUAUCUCUACCUUCAUAUUUUCCUGUCUACCACCAUAUCUGGCAUCGUGUCUCCCAUACAUCCUGUAUCUCGUAGCUUGCGUAUAAUAUCCCAUGGAUCCGACCCAUUUUGUCUCUUAUACUCGUUCUUCUCUUCUUUUAUUGCAAUCGGGGGCAGUGGACAUCCAUCUUUGUUCCCGAUCUUCUAUUAUCUUUCCUUGGGGUGACGGGCUCUAUCUUUAAUCUCAAUAUUCUGUCGUCUUGCGGUCGUCGGUCGACCCCUCGUCCUCAAAACGCCCUUUUUUGUCAUCUGCCAGUGUACCGCUACCGCUCACUUCUUUCACCCACUCACCCGUUCGUUCACUCCAUCCCUCUGGCCCAUAUAAACCCACUGGCAUAACCACGUCAGUAUCUAUAUAUGCAUUAUAUUAUUCGACCGUUUCAUGCGGUUUUGCUUUUCUUUCCUUCACCCACC